AUGGUGGAAAUUUGGGACGAUCUCCGACGUCGCGCUCGCACACUUGAGAAUCAUAUUGAUGUGAAAUUAGUAGUCCUAAACAAAUUGGCUUCUGGCACGUCAGGCCGAUAUGAAUCACUGUUAAAUGACAAAGCAACUGUCAGCAGUAAGCAGGAAGUAUUCGAUUCGUUGUCGGCAGAAAUAGAAAGUAUGAUUGCCAAGCUUACGCAGAUUGACGAUCAAAUGACGGAAUAUUUAGUGAAGUGUCAAGCAAAUUCAAGAACUGGUGCAUGGGCAUUUGGUCCAGCAUUACAGCACACACUUAGAAGGCAUCGUGAAAUACUGCGUGAUUACUGUACGGAAUAUAAUAGAUCACAUGAUAAUAUAAGAAAUCAGUUGCAAAGGGAAAGUCUGUUAAGUGGAAGUUCAAACGAGAGCUCAUAUCUCAAUAAUCGUUCAAAAUCAAGUGAUAUGUAUUUAAAAGAGAAUGAACAUAUAUCAAACUGCGAUCAUCUUUUAGAUGAACAAAUUAGCAUCGCAAUAUCGGCGAAAGAGCAUGUCCAUAACCAGCGGGUGAGCCUGCGAGACAUUAGUAAGAAAAUGAACGCAUUAGCCAAGAAAUACCCACUACUGAAUAGCGUGAUGCAGAAAAUGCAGGUGAGGAAACGACGAGAUUCAGUCAUAAUGGCAGUGGUGAUAUCGGCUUGCCUCAUUUUAAUGUAUAUAUAUGUAGUACGUAUGUAA